AAAAAAAACGCCAUGGAGUAGCGAACGAGAAUUUUAGAGGCCAGCGGCGGCUUCUGCGGGUUGGAUUUGAAGAUGGAUAAAGUUGGAGCAGAUUUUCCGAAGCGAGAAUGGACCAAGAGAUUGAGUCUUCGGGGCAGCCGAAGAAGCCAUCAGGGCGAGCUUCAGGGCUCCGUUGGACACGGAAGGACCGGAGGAGGUGGUUCCAAGACCACGAGGAGAUGGACCAGCCUUCGGCAGCACGUGACGCACGGCGCCAUGUCCGAUGGUUCCAAACCAGCCAUCGAGCUGCUUCUCGACCCUCCUCAACAGUCGAGACCAGGAACACCCGGCUCUCAGCCACACUCGCCAAACACACCAAGGACGCCUCACACUCCGGUGCGGAAGUCCAAUUGGGAGGUCAUAGAACACUUCACUGGAGCACCAAGGCCUUCCAUCGUCACGGUUGGACGAGGAUCGGAAGUCGGAGUUGGGCUUUCGAGUGACAGAGACGCGAUUAUGGAGGCGGCUGUCAACGCCGGGAUGACACGAAGAAGGCCUCGAUGUGGCUUCAGUCGUUUUCUCAGCGCUCUGUGUGCCUCGCAUCGAUUCAGGAACCUCCAGGUCGAGAUGUUGUACCAGCGCUACUUCCUCCGGAUGAACCAAAGCAACAUGACCCACGUUUUGGGCCUUCUUUCGGGCCUUGCUGUCGCCUUGGGUUUCCUCCUGGGCCUCAGUCUGACUUUCACCUCGUCCGAUCCCUUCGUAGACCUCGUACAAAAGCCCCAACAUCUCACCUUGGCUCUGACGCUAAUAGCGUGUCUCGCCGUCUACGCAGGACUCGUCGCGGCCAUUUCGAGGCCAGGAAUGAACGAGGUUUGGCUCGCCGGCAUCAGCGCCGCCGUCCUGGCCACCCUUCUCGCCCUCCAGGUGGCCUUGGGCUUGCACCUCGCCUACCCCAAGGGAUCGGUCGACUCGGAGGCCAUAGAGGGUACCUACAGCCUGGGUGGCCCUCUGGCCAUCGCCUGGGCAGCCUGCUUCUUCAUUUACAUGGCCUACGCACUUUUGCCGAUAAGACUGAGGCACGCCUGCAUCGCCGGCAUACUUUUUUCCCUCGCUCAUUUGAUCAGCGUGCUUCUGAUGUAUCGACACGAUUAUCCGGCCUUCGUUUCUCAGCUUUUAAGCUCUCUGGUUGUGGUCGGCGGGACGAACGUGGCCGGAGCGCUGACUCAUCAUCCACGGGAAUUGGCCCAGAGACAAGCCUUCCUUGAGACGCGACAGUGCGUCGAGGCUCGGCUUACGACGCAGAGGGAAAACCAACAGCAGGAGCGACUGCUGCUCAGCGUUUUGCCGCGCCACGUGGCGAUGGAAAUGAAGGCUGACAUAGCUGGGAAACCUAAGGACACCAUGUUUCAUAAAAUUUACAUACAGAGGCACGAGAACGUGAGCAUACUAUUCGCUGAUAUUUGCGGUUUCACAUCGCUGUCAGACCAAUGCACUGCUGAGGAAUUGGUGCGACUUUUGAACGAGCUUUUUGCUAGAUUCGAUAGACUCGCGGCCGAGCAUCACUGCCUAAGGAUUAAGCUCCUGGGUGACUGUUACUACUGCGUUUCAGGCCUGCCUGAACCACGACCAGAUCAUGCUCACUGCUGCGUUGAAAUGGGCCUGGACAUGAUCGACGCCAUUACGCUGGUGAGGGAGGUAAUGGCCGUCAACGUCAACAUGAGGGUUGGCAUCCAUACCGGAAGGGUACACUGCGGGGUCUUGGGACUUCGAAAGUGGCAGUUCGACGUAUGGAGUAACGACGUGACUCUGGCGAAUUACAUGGAGAGUGGCGGUAUACCCGGACGUGUACACAUCACCAAAGAGACUCUGGCCUGCCUCGAAGGUGACUACGAGGUCGAGGAAGGUCACGGUGGCGAAAGAAACACCUACCUCAGAGAGCACAACAUUCAGACAUACCUGAUCGUGCCUGGGGAUACUUUUCGUGACAAUAUGGCGCCAGGAUCGGGACUCAGGAAAGGUUUUUCAGUGAACGGCAACGUUUCCAAGGAAAUGAGGGUCAUGGGUCACGGUUCUCAGCACGGCAAGCAGACCAAAUUGGGCUUCGGUGAUACCGUUGAGUGCGAAAAAGACCCCGACGACGAGGUUAACGAGUACCUGAUGAGGGCCAUUGACGCCAGAAGCAUAGACAGACUAAGAGCAGAGCACUGCACCCCGUUUAUACUGACAUUCCGACGGCCAGACAUCGAGGAGAAGUAUUCCAGAGAGAGAGACAGGAUGUUGUCAGCCUACUUCCUUUGCUCCGCAUUUGUCUAUCUAAUCGUCGUAGCAGCGAUCGCCAUCACUUUAAAGGGGAGCAUUAGUUUCUAUGUUUCGAGCUUGUUUGGCGGCCUCGUCAUCUUCCUCGUGAACGGAAUUCUACUCGCCGAAAAGAACGAGGUAGUACCGCACUGGGUGAGAAGCAUUUCUGUCCACAUCUACGAGAAGCGUAUAGUGGCCCAAAGCAUUGCUUCCAUCGUGGUCUUCCUCACUUUCACAACGGUAUUGUCACCCUUGAUCAAUCUCCAGGGGCAGGAGGAGUGCAAUAACGCGACGAGCACCACGUCGUCAGAAAUACUGGACAACUCGACGGUGAUGGAGAGCAUAUCGAGCGUCUCCACGACCUGCUACUACGUUCUCUUCGCCGACCUAUUUCCGGUCCUCGUCAUGCUGGUCAUGGUCACCUGCGCCGUCUACCAGAUCCUCACAUCCGUCUUCAAGGUUGCUGUGCUGAGUGUCGUCGUCGCGUGCUACCUCGCCGUCAGCAUUUAUCAGGCCUCGACGGAGCUGGACUCGGAACCCAGAGGACGUUGGUUGGCCGGUGUUCUGGUGGUUUCCUUCAUGGCGGCGCUGGUCGCCCACUCCCAGCACACCGAGGCUACCUACAGGCUAGACUUUUUGUGGAAGCUCCAGGCGACGGAGGAGAAGGAGGACAUGGAGCACCUCAAGGCCUACAACCAGAAACUGCUGGCCAACAUACUUCCCGAACAUGUUGCCGAGCAUUUUCUCUACACUGUUAAUUCCGACGAACUCUACCACGAGCAGUGCGCCUUUGUCUGCAUAAUGUUCGCAUCGAUACCGAAUUUCUCCGAAUUCUACAUCGAACUCGAGGCGAAUAACGAGGGGGUCGAAUGUCUUCGGCUACUCAACGAGAUCAUUGCCGAUUUUGACGAAAUACUUGCCGAGGACGACUUCAAGUACAUUGAGAAGAUCAAGAGCACCGGGGCCACGUACAUGGCAGCGUCUGGACUUACGAAGAGCACCUGCGACAUGCAGGACUACAGGCACAUAACGGCGAUGGCCGACUACGCGUUAAGGAUUCGCGACCAGUUGUCGUACGUGAAUGAGCACAGUUUCAACAACUUUCGCAUGCGGGUUGGAAUCAACAUCGGACCGGUAGUCGCGGGUGUCAUCGGAGCCCGUAAGCCGCAGUACGACAUAUGGGGGAACGCGGUGAACGUCGCCUCGCGAAUGGACUCGACGGGGGUUUUGGACGGCAUCCAGGUGACGCAGGAGGUCCGCGAUAUCCUCCACCAAAAGGGUUACCCGCUCACCUGCAGGGGGAGUAUUCAGGUCAAGGGGAAGGGGAGCAUGGUUACGUACUUCCUCGACGGACCGAGGAGCGAGGACAGCAACUCCGCAUUCUCCAAGGCGAACCAAAACUCGGUCAAAUCUCUCAAACGGACGAAUUCUAACAAUAAUUCGGGGGUUGUCGAGCGAAUCCCGUCGAGAAAUGGCGUCGUGGCGCUUUAGGGUAGUUUGAGAGGUUUUGGGCCUUUUGCAAGACGACUUUUAUCGAGGUUUGGUACAUACGAAUGGGCAGACUACCACUAAAUCGAACGCUAAAGUUUAGUGGAGAAAAGUCUGUUAGAAGAAUCUCGCUAACAAUCAAU